AUGCAGCUGACAAAUCCAACCGCCUACCAGUCGAUGUCGUCCGACUCCAACAUCGUUCCCGACGACCAUGUUGCUUUAGUUCUUAUUGAACAAUCUGAGUCUUCAUUUUAUUUACGAAUCCCUUUAACCAAAAUCCGUGCUUUAUGUUUGAAGCCACUCAAGUAUCUCCUCUACCUUGGCUGGUGCAUUCUGGGCGGCGAGGGCGUACUGUCUCUUCGACCUGAUAUUCAUGAUGGGAUUGAUACCGAUGAAGACGCUGAUGGUGGUGAGACAUACUACUAUGUUCUGGAUGAGCCCUUGGAUCCCACCCAAGUUGUCGACCUCGAUCUCAUCAAGGCCAGAACUGAAACUACCUCCGAAUCUUCCGCGACCUGUGAUUCGUUCCGCACCGCUCUGCUGAAGCGUGAUAUUCGAUGUGUGUGGACAGGAACUGAGUACGCCGGGGAUGGUAUGCACAUCAUCCCCUAUAAACGGGGUUCCGAAUGGUUUCGGCUGAUUGUGGAGAAUCGUCCAUCCUACGACGAGGAGGUGGAAUCACUUGAGGAUAUUAAUGACAUCCGGAAUGGCGUUUUCGCAAGCAUGAUGAUAAAUCGCAUAUUCGAUCAACGCCUCGUGGCGAUCCUCAAGACCCCCAACCAUAUUCUUGAAACCGAAGACAUUCCCCCACGCUGCGACCGAACUGAUCUUCAGACAGAUGUCAGUUAUCCGUCUCGUAGCCGCUAUACCCUGCAAUGGCUGAUAGACCCGCCCCCGGGCGACACGAACUUGACUCCAAACAAUAGUGAUGCCGCUUUCAAGAAACGUACCAAGAAGGCGAAACCGUCAGACCUUCUACUACACUAUAUGUAUGGUGCUGCAGCCGUCAGACGCUGGGGGCGUGGUACGGCGGUCCUUACGGCAUUCACCACACCUCCUCGUCCAGAGGUGCCUGUUCCAGCGCCAGCAGGACCAACGAAAACUAUGCAUGAUAGGCGUGCUACCAUUCUAAAGCGCUCUAAAGCCCAGAGCACUGGUGAAACUGGCGCUGGGAGUUCUAAGGCUUCUAAGGCUGGGGCAGGGACAGGGGGAUUGGUGGAAUCAGAGGGUCAGGCGAUCUGGGAUGAGGAUGACGUUAUGCUUUUUUUCUGGGGAAACUCAAAGGCUGCAAAAGAACGCCAUCUCAAGAAAGUUGGCGAGAACAUCACUGGGGAGCGGCAACCCACUGCCAAAUUUUCAACUUCGCCGUAUUUCCCCAUCACCCAGAGCUUGAUCAAAAAAUGGUCGUUUGUCUUUACCCCUCGCAUUUACUUCGACAGAACAGUGGAGGAUGCAUGA